AGCCAACAUGGCGCCGGUGGAGCACGUUGUGGCUGACGCUGGAGCUUUCUUGAGGGACGCGCCCCUACAGGACAUCGGAAAAAACAUCUACACCAUCCGGGAGGUGGUGAGGGAGAUUCGCGACAAGGCCACGCGCAGGCGACUGGCAGUGCUGCCCUACCAGCUUCGGUUCAAGGAGCCCUUCCCGGAGUACGUGCGGCUGGUAACUGAGUUUUCCAAGAAAACUGGGGACUACCCCAGCCUCUCUGCCACAGAUAUCCAGGUGCUGGCUCUGACUUGCCAGCUGGAAGCAGAAUUUGUCGGGGUGUCUCAUCUAAAAAAAGAACCAGAGAAGGUUAAAGUGAGCUCUUCAAUUCAGCACCCUGAAACUCCGCUGCACAUUUCUGGUUUCCAUCUGCCCGCCAAGUCUAAACCCUUACAAGAAACAGUAGAUGGGGGUCAACCAGCUGAUGGGUCUGAGAACCUGGAAUUCAGCUCCUUCAUGUUCUGGAGGAACCCUCUGCCUAACAUUGACCACGAACUGCAGGAGCUGCUGAUUGAUGGAAGGGAGGAAGAGAAGGAGGAGGAGGAAGAGGAGGAAUUUGAAGACAGUGAUGAUGAUGGGGGUGGAUGGAUAACCCCCAGCAACAUCAAGCAGAUCCAACAAGAGUUGGAGCAGUGUGACAUCCCAAAGGACGUGCAAGUUGGCUGUGUGACCACAGACUUCGCCAUGCAGAAUGUUCUACUUCAGAUGGGGCUGCACGUGCUGGCGGUGAACGGCAUGCUGGUCAGAGAGGCCCGGAGCUACAUCCUGCGCUGUCAUGGCUGUUUCAAGACAACAUCGGACAUGAACCGAGUGUUCUGUGGGCACUGUGGGAACAAGACCCUGAAGAAAGUGUCUGUGACUGUCAGCGACGACGGCACCUUGCACAUGCAUUUCUCCCGAAACCCCAAAGUUCUGAACCCACGGGGCCUCCGGUACUCACUACCAGCUCCAAAAGGGGGCAAGUACGCCAUUAACCCCCAUCUGACUGAGGAUCAGCGCUUCCCCCAGCUGCGACUCUCCCACAAGGCCAGACAGAAGACCGACGUGUUUGCCCCUGACUACAUAGCUGGGGUUUCUCCAUUCGCAGAGAAUGACAUCUCCAGCCGCUCAGCCAUCCUGCAAGUUCGGGACAGCAUGUUGGGAGCUGGGAGGAGACGUUUAAAUCCCAAUGCUUCCAGAAAGAAGUUUGUAAAGAAAAGGUGACAUUGCAAGCGCUACAGGCAAAGCAGACUGCAGGUAGCUGCUGAGGAGGUUGUAGUAUCAUCCCCAAUGUCUACUCUACAAACCAUCUAGACAGAAGCAGUAGGCCUGGCUCUCCCAACUGCCUGAGACUAUGCUAUGUGGCGUUGCAGCCCCAUGUGACUGCCCUGCCUGUGAACUUCACCAUGGGAAGGGAACAGAAAGAAGGGCGCCUUGGAGUGAGUGUUGAGCCUUGAAGUUCAAAGAAGUAACCAAAUGGUAAUCUUUUAAAUAAACUUGGAUGGCCA